CACACAAAUCUAUCAUAUUUUCUCUUCUUCUUAUAUAUACCCAAAAACAUUAUCAUAAAAAAUAUAUAAAAAAAAAAUGUUUGAUCCAGAAAGAUACCAACCCAAAAUCUCUGUUCCAGUUUCAAAUGGUAUUAUACAACAAAAAACAAAUCACACCAACAACAACAUUUGUAAAACAAAAAGCAAGAACAAUUCUCAUCAACAACAUGUUGAAGAUGAUGAAUCUGGCAUGUGUUCUCCUCCUUUAUGGUCAACAAAGAAUACUCACAACAAAAGCAACAAUUAUAAAAGUCUUUCACCUGAAUCAAAGACACAAGCAAUUGAAAGAGGACAAAAGGAGUUAAUGGAAAUGGUUAAGAACAUGCCAGAGUCAUGUUAUGAACUCACUUUAAAAGAUCUUGUGGAACAUCAUUCUCCAAAGGUUGUUGAAGAAAAGAAGAAUUUGGGCAACAAAAACACACGCAAAAGAGAAGGAAUUAGUACUAGUAAUAGUAAUAAUGGUAGAAAGAUUGAUAAGAGAAAUAUUGGGAAUUUUGAUAGUGGUGGAUUUUAUCUCAAAAUGGUGUUUCCAAUUUCUUUGGGAUCAAAGAAACAUAAUAAGAAGAAAGAGUUAUUGGUUAAUAAUAAUAGUGCUUCUUCAAAGGUUUCUCCAAGAACAUCGGUUUCUGAUGGAUUUGUUAAUAAUAAUAAAGAAUGGUGGAAGAAGAAGAGUGUUUUGGAAUGUGAAGGUGUCGAGAGUAAUAGUGGGGGUGGCAAUAGCAUGAAAAGAGUUGGUAGCAGCAGUACCAGCAGUUGCAGCAGCAGGAGUAAUAGCAGGCAUGAAAUGAGUGGUAGUAGCUGCUGGCCUUUCAUACGAAGGUCUGUAAUCCUAUCACAAAAGUAAGGGUUGCCUUUGAUGAUGUUCCAGACCAGAUAUGUAUUUACUAUGCAAACUUAUAUGAAGAGUGUGUUUUGUGUAUAAUCUAUCUUCCAACAGAUAUAUCUUAACAAUUUAAUUUUUUUUUAUCUGCAUUUAAAGUUAUAGUUCUUAACCAUC